AUGAAUGUUGCCAGGAACAAUGCCAAGACAUGUUUCCACGAUGGGAAAAUAUAUGUAACUGGAGGGCGCCCAGGGGUGGAACCAUUUGCUGAGGCGUUUAACAUAAAAACUCAGACUUGGGAAGGUCUCCCUGAACCGGUUCCAGGUAUUGAGUUAGGUAACAAGUCCUUUCCUUACAUAUUCGAAGAUUUAGAAGAAAGGUUGUUGUCUGGUUACCGCAUAAGGGAACGUAAGUGGGAUCUCCGUGAAAUCUCUUUUUCCUACGUUUCGCAAGUCAGAAUGUGUGAUGAUGGAGAAUAUACGUAUGGUGACUGGAAAGAGGUGGAAGGGUUAAGGUCACUAGGAGAUAAGUACAAGGGGAAUGGUGGCUCGAGUUAUUCUCAGACUAAACUAGUUAGCUGUGGUGGUAAACUCUUGAUUAUUUGGCUAGGGUGUAGUAGGAAGAUUUGGGGCGCGCAAAUCGCGGUGGAAAUGCGUGAUGGAAAUGAGGUUUGGGGAAAAGCUGAGUGGGUUGAUGUUGUGUAUACCAACCCUGGAUCAUGGGUGCAGCUCUUGCAUUGUCUACCCGGGUCGGUUUGA